CAAAAACUACUCAAAAUUGAGUGUUGCCGCAAUCAGAUUUUUUCGCGAAAAUUUGUUGUUGAUUUAACGCUUGUUCGCUCUCGUUUGUUUUUUUUUAAGUUUUUUAAAGUAGUUACUGGUUUAUUUUUGUGAACAAAAGUGAACGCAAGAUGCACGAGUCAUCAAACUUUUUAAAUACUGCUGGUGGAUGUUCGGUGCAAAUCGCGAGUUGGAGCGGUUAGAGCUGACUGUUUAAUUACUGUUGGAGAUGACCUUGACCUGCUUUGGACUGCAGCAAAUUCAUAGAUGUGCUGCUGCUGAUGAAACGGACAAGAGAACAUAUUGUAAGUGCCGGUUUCAAAAUAGAAGUGUGUUGAAAAGUAGAAGACGAAAAAAUGAAUUUCUCUAAAAUUAUAAAAAAGAAUGGUUUAUUUUAUUACCACAGAAACAAAUUGUUGGCUAAAUGGGAGACGGAAAACAUAGCUGCGAACCGAGCUGUGAACACAGAAGAUCAACUUUCUACGUCUAAAAGCAUGCCGAUCAAAAGGAAAUUUGAAGCAAGUUUUGCAGAAGAUACACCUUUAUCUGAAGAAAGUAGUCCCGAAUAUGACGAUAGCGACAAAGAAGGAUUUUUCCAGAGCAACGUAGAUUCAUUCGAAGAUGUAUAUUCAUCAUUUGAAAACGAUCAGCAUAAUGAUGUAUUGGAUCGAAUGGAUUUGAGCGAAUGCAUUACGUAUUGGGCUCUCAAAACGAAUCAAUCACACGCAUCCAUAAAUCUAAUUAUGGAAAUAAUUAGAAGAAAAACUAACGGGACCAAACUACCACGGUCUGCAAGAACUUUGCUAAAGACAUCCCGGCAGGCAACUACCGAAAUUGUCGAAAUCGCUGGUGGACAAUACUGGUACAAAGGUAUCAAGCAAUGCUUGAGUGACUUUUUUCGACAAACAGAACAAUCCCUAAGCAUCUCGAUAAACAUAAACAUUGAUGGAAUUCCACUCUUCAAGAGUAGCAAAUUGCAAUUUUGGCCUAUACUAUUCAAUAUUUCAGAAAUGCCUGAAAUCGCGCCAAUGACGGUUGCCAUAUUUUAUGGAAAAACUAAACCAACUAAUCUUGAUACAUUCUUAAAACAGUUAGUCGAAGAGCUGAUUGAUGUGAUAAACCAUGGAAUAUUUAUCAACAAUCACAAAAUCACCGUUAAACUCAGGUGUUUUAUUUGUGAUUCACCCGCACGCGCAUUUCUGAAAGGCGUCGCAAAUUUCAACUCAAAAAAUGGCUGUCUAAAGUGUGUCGGCGAAGGCGAGUACUCACACGAAUCCCGAACAGUCGUGUUCACUUCCAUUAAUAGCGCAAAACGAACGGAUCAAAACUUUAGGCAAAAUGCAUACAGUCUCCAUCAAAAGUCGAGUACACCUUUGCUUAAAAUACCAAGCUUGGAUAUGAUUGAAGACAUUAUCGUUGGAGAUCGUUUGCACUUGAUCGAUCUAGGUGUCAUGAAACGUUUGCUUCUUGGAUGGAGAGAUGGAUCUUUGGGUUAUAAAUCGAAGUUGUCGUCGCAGCAGUCUAAUGAAAUAUCGCAAAUUUUAGCUGGCAUUCAAUUGCCUACUGAAAUUCACCGUAAGCUACGAGGGAUGGACUUCUUGUCAUUUUGGAAAGCUUCUGAAUUUAGCAGCUUCUUACAUUACGCCAGUAUAGUAGUACUCAAAGAGUUUCUUCCUGACGACAUAUAUCGUCACUUCCUACUUUUUUUUUGCUCUAUUACGAUGUUGUGUUCACAGAACUACGAAUCAAACUGGCAUGUUGCAAGGAAAAUGUUGGAAAAGUUUGUCACUGGUUAUAUGGAGCUAUAUGGCGAACAGUUUUUGACUAGCAAUGUGCACAAUCUUCUACAUGUUGUUGAUGAAGUUGAACGCUUCGGACCGUUAUCUACCAUUGCAGCAUAUCCUUUCGAAAAUGCCCUACAGCGAAUAAAAUGCCUACUUCGAAGUGGAUGGAAGGGUCUCGAACAAGUCAUCAACAGGCUCUCCGAAAUUAAUUCUGAAGAAUAUUACAUCACACAAAAAUCAAAAACUCGUCCGAAGAAUUAUCCUUCUGUCAGAAUUUGUGGAGGAGAAAGAGUCAUCGACGUGAAUGAAGACUGUUUCUUAAACAAUUCCGAGAGAAACGCUUGGUUUCUUACCCACAAGAACCAAAUUGUGCGUUUCGACCAUGUUACAGAAGCUCCCCAGCUGAAAAUCAUCGGCAAAAUCGUAAAAGAGAAAAAUGAUUACUUCACCUAUCCAUUUACUUCAUCCUUUCUAAAUAUAUAUUGUAGUAAUAACAGUAACUUAUCUGGUGCCUAUUCUAAGUUUAGCUGCAGUGACAUUAAAUGCAAAUUAGUUGCAAUUGAACGUCGUAGUAAUCAUGUAUUUAUUCCUUUAGUACAUACACUAAUUAAACAAAACAAUUUAUAA